AGUAGGGAGAAAAAGAAACAAUCAUAUUUUUUAUUGUAACCUCUCAUAUGAAUUUUUUAUGUUUCUAAAUAGCAAAUAGAGUGGUUAAAAGAGCAAUCAUUCAUACUUUUACUUACGAAGUCCAAUAUAGUUAGGUCCACGAGUAUUGCUUAAACCCACACUUACCGUUUUUGAAGUUAAACCCUUCCUUGCAAAGUUGUUGCAGUUCCUCGUUUGCUGGAAAUGAAUUCUGUUGCGCUAAGACUUUCCAAGCAUCUUCGACGCUCUUCUCACGCUUCUGUUCCAAGAAGCACGGUGUUAUGCUACUCAACAUUUACGUCUGAAACUGAUGCUGGUCAGCCUUCACGUGAUAAUAAUGGGCUAAACAAGGAAGAAUUAGAUGACGAGUUUGAUGAUUUCCUUGGUGGAAGGCCCGAGUUACAGCUGCAAGGUGUUGAUCCCAGUAGAGGUUGGGGAUUUCGCGGUGUGCACAAGGCAAUUAUUUGUGGUAAAGUUGGCCAAGCUCCUGUACAGAAGAUAUUAAGGAAUGGGAAGAAUGUGACCAUCUUUACAGUUGGAACAGGGGGAAUGUAUGACCAGAGAAUUGUAGGAUCGAAGGAUUUGCCUAAACCUGCUCAGUGGCAUCGCAUUGCUGUGCAUAAUGAAGUACUAGGAGCUUAUGCAGUCCAACAACUUUUUAAAAAUUCUUCAGUGUAUGUUGAGGGUGAAAUUGAGACUAGAGUUUAUAAUGAUAGUAUUAAUGGUGAAGUCAAAAGCAUUCCAGAGAUAUGCGUUCGUCGUGAUGGGAAACUUCGCCUCAUCAGGAGUGGAGAGAGUGUUGAUAAAACUUCCUUGGAUGAAUUUACAGGAGAGGGAUUAUUUUAGAAGUAAUCUGCACAUUUAAUGGAAGCAUCUAAAUCUGUAAUAAUUGUUGGAGAAAUAGAAGCAUCUACAUCUGUAAGAAAAACAUAUUUGUCGUGAGUAGCAGCGUUUGUAAUGAACACAGUAAUGAUUACUUCUUUUAAUUGUUUUUUCAUUUAUAUCCUUUAGCUUUCUGAAUGCCGGUCUCCUGUAUUAAUUUUCUUGUAUAGGAGAGGUGUACACGAACACAUUUUUGGUGUCUAUUAAAAUGUCUGUUACUCCUCGAA